AUGCCUCGCAAAAUAUCUACUGUUGAACGAGUGGUGAAGGCAAGGAACCGUCGUCAAGCAAAGACUGGACCUGAGAAGGAGUUGCAGAAAAGACAUGAUGCUGACCGCAAAGCGAAAUUCGACUGUCUUAAAAAGCUCAAGGAAACUGGAAUCUGGAAAUCAGCACCUGAGUCACUGAAACAACAGCUUGAGGAUAAUGCCCUUGCGCAGUUAUGGCAAGAGAGGUUUGAUGCUAAGAGGUCCAAAGAGUGGUAUGAAAAGCAGCUUCAGCUUCAGGAGGCUCAGAAAGAAGCAGUAAUAGCUACAAAAAAGAACAUGAAGCAGCUCGCAAGAUUUUGGCUGAGAUCUCCUCUAAGCCAGCUACUAUAA